CAGGAAUCGAACACAGGCCCCCUGCAUUGGGAGCAUGGAGUCUUAUCCACUGCGCUACCAGGGAAGUCCCGAAAAUGCAUUACUUUUGCACACUGAUAUUAUUCAAGAAAUAAGAAUUAGACCACGUAAGAGAAGAUUCACAACCUGUGAUAAUUCAGUUCUGAGGAUCCUGUCAGAAGGCUGAUGUAGAAAGUGUAUGUAUAUUGGCUUACCUUACUCAAUUUAAGGUCAAGGGCCAAGAACUGGGACUGCAGCUCAGGUCAUGCUUAAUAUGGAAUGAAAACUGGACCAAAGAUGUAUCUGCCUGGUUCAAUGUAAAGCGGCAACCAUUGCUUAAGCAUUUUCACCUUGAGCCAGGCACUAUGGUAGGAACUGGAGAUGUAAAGGUGAGCAAGACAUAUCUCUGUUCUUCAUGGCUUCUCAUUCUGACGGAGUCCUUUUUUCCCUAGUCGUGCGCUCUGUGUAGAGGCCUUACAUAUACUGGAAAAUAUUAUUUAGGGUUUAUUUAAAACUAUGGAGAUGAAGUCUUGAACAAAAAUAGUAAGUUCUCUGACUUCAGUAAAAUGUUUUGGUGUUCCUUUAGAGAAAUUGGAAAGUUCCCAUUUCCUGGUUAAAUUUCUUAAAAAGUGGAAUUUUCUUAUUUAAUCCAUUUGAAGUAGGUACCUUCCCUUUAUUAUUCCAAAUUCUUAAAAUUAUAUGUUUUUGUAAACUGUACAGUAGUUAACAUUUGAUAGUAAAUAUUUGUCUUUUUAAGGUUACUAGUGUACAUGUAAGAAAAUUAUAGGUUAUUAAAAACUUUAUGAAAGAAGAAAAAAAAAAGAAAGAAAAGAAAGAGACCGAAAGUAGAUGGCAGGAAAGACAGGAGAGAGAAAUUAAUAGGCGAGAAAUCCGGCCUUGGGCAGAGGCGGCCUUGGGCGACCCCGCCUGGACUCUGUGCUCGGCGGCCUCGUCGCUGAACUACGUUUCCCGGCAGGCCCUGGGUGACUGGACGCAGCACCUAGAGCGCCGUCGGGGGCGGGGCCCACGCUGCCUCCUCCAAUCCCAGCCGUCGCCCGGCAACCUCCGCCUCCGCCGACAAGAUGGAGGCUGGAUUCGGCCGCCGCCGGGAAGCGGCGCCUGAAGCCGGAGAUGGGGAGGGGCCGCAGCUCAGUCGGCCCACUUGAGGAAGCCGGCCUACGUCGCGGUCCGGAGCCAGGUGCAGCCCAUGGGUCCCUGAAGGUACUCUUCCUCGGUGCCAUAGACACUCCCAAAAUACAAAGACCUGUCAGGUACUGUCCUUGUUUUUCACACGCAUUCCUUCAAAAAAAAACUUUUACUGUUUUGAUCAGGUGCUACUUUCACAUGGUUUGAAAUGCAAAAGGGACAAAGCGAGAAGCCUGCCUCCAUCACUAUACUUCAUUAAAUAAUUCAGUCAGCAAGUGACUGUUGGAUGCCUCCAAAGUGCCAGGCUCUCUUCCUGGGCCUGGAGACCCAACAGAGUGCUCAUGGAAGCCCGGAGUCCUAACCGCUGGACCGCCAGGGAAUUCCCCCCCGACUUGGUUCUUAGAGAAUCAUUCCGACUGCUGUGUGGAGAACCACCUUCCUCCUGUAUCCCCAGGGCCCACUGGGAUAAUCCAGGAUAAUCUCCGCCUCUCAAGAUUAUUAACUUAAUCACACCUGCAGUGUCCCUUUUGCCCUGAAAGGCAGAGGCGGGCGUGGCAGGAGAGGCCCAGAGGCCAUUGUGGGCACGGCAGUAGCUACCGUGGAUGGGCAGUGGGGAGAGAGCUUGUUGAGGUGCAUGGCUCGGGGAAGCGGCAUGAAGACAACUCCCCACCCGCAGGUGCUGGGGAAGGCGCCCCUUGGGAUUGGCCUCCGCCACAGUGCCAAGCGGGACCGGAAGUCCAUCACCCUGCAUGUGAAGUUGGAGGUGCUUCGGAGGUUUGAGGAGGGUGAGAAGCUGACGCAGAUCGCCCGGGCCCUGGGACUGGCCACCUCCACGGUUGCCUCAAUCCGCGUGAACAAAGAUAAGAUCCGGGCCAAUUCCCAGGCAGCCACGCCCGUCAGCACCACCCAGCUGACCCGCUGCCGGGGUGUGCUGAUGGGCCGCAUGGAACGCCUCCUGAGCCUGUGGAUUGAGGAGCAGAAGCGGCAGAACCUGCCUGUCAGCACGCUGCUUAUCCAGGACAAGGCGCGCCGGCUCUUUGCCCAGCUGCAGCACGAGCAGGGCAGCGGCGCCCAGGCCGAGACGUUCGGGGCCAGCAAUGGCUGGUUUGCCCGUUUCAAGGUUCGCCACAACGUGCUGUUGACGGAUGAGCCGGCUGUGGCCGACGCCCAGGCUGCCGCACGCUACCCCGUGGUGCUGCGCGCCAUUCUGGAGGAGGGCUGCUACUCACCACGGCAGGUCUUCAACGUGGACGAGACAGGCCUGUUCUGGAAGCGGCUGCCUGAGCGCAUGCUUCUGGCACUGGAGGGGACAGCUGGGCCUGGGCCCAAGGCCUCUAAGGACCACCUGACCCUGCUGCUUGGUGGCAAUGCGGCUGGUGACUUCAAGCUGAAGCCCCUGCUGGUGUACCCCUCGGAGAACCCGCGUGCCCUCAGGGGCUGCUCCAAGGCCAGCCUGCCUGUGGUCUGGCGCUCCAACCGCAAUGAUUGGUUGACACCUAGCAUCUUCCAGGAGUGGUUUACUGGCUGCUUCUGCCCAGCUGUGGAAAGCUACUGUGCCAGCCAUGGCCUCCCACACCGCGCUCUGCUGCUGCUGGACAGCGCACCCUGCCACCCUGUCCACUUGGGUGGCCUCUCAGCCCAUGUGCGUGUUGAGUUCCUGCCCAAGAACACGUCAGCCCUGAUCCAGCCCAUGAACCAGGGUGUCAUUGCCGCCUUCAAGGCCCAUUAUCUGCGCCGCACGCUCAGCCAGCUGGUCCAGGAGACGGCGGGUACAGACCGGCCCUCCGUGCGGGAGUUCUGGCGCAGCUAUACUGUCAUGACUGCUGUAGACAACAUUGCUAAGGCCUGGGCAGAGCUGCAGCCUGCCACCAUGAACAGUGCCUGGAGGAAGCUGUGGCCCGAGUGCGUGCCUGCUGGUGCCCCCGAGCCCAACGCCCUCCCCCAGCUCCGUCACAGCAUUGUGACACUAGCCAGCCACGCAGGCCUCGGGGAUGUGGCUGAGGCCGAUGUUGCCCACCUGCUGCAGGCCCAUGGGGAGCCCUCGCCCCGCAGCAUCCCCCAGGAGGUGGAGGUUGGGGGUGUCAGUGACUCUGGGCUGCCCUGUGAGGCGGGGAAAGGCUUGGCCUCCAGAAGACCAGAGUCAGAUCUCAUGGAGGCCAUGGUGGGUGUGGAGACUGAGGAAGUAAGUGUGGGUGCACUGCGCCCUGAGCACCUGGCCCAGGCACUGUCCCACUUUGCUGCCGGCCUGCGAGUCCUCAUAGAGAACGAUCCCAACCGGGAACGCAGCCUGCGGGUGUCCCGGGGUGUCCACUGUGCCCUCGCCCACCUCCGAGAGCUGCAGCGGGAAAGGAGGCGACAGGCUCGGGCAGUUGCGGGGCCUCAAGGGGCCCCAUGAUGGUGGCAACAAAGGAGUUGGCAGAAAGCCUGCACUCACCCCAGGUGGGGCCCACAGAGGGUGGGCAAGUGGCCAAGGGCACAAACCCUGAAGGACAGAGCUCUUUGGCUGUCCUGUGUGAUUUAGGGCUUGGGCCUGACCUCAGAUGAGCUUUGUCUGAUGAUGCUUUGUUUCUGGAGGGUAGACCCUGCCACUUCUCACCCAUGGUUCUCAUACCUCAUGCACUGCCAUCUUUGUACAGUGGCACCCAGAGUGUCAGGCUUGGGGAACAAGAGGGUGGUGUUCUCUGAUUGGCAGAUGAGCUGCGGGACCCAGGAGUGCCCAUCCGUGUCAGAGACACACCCUGUAGGACAGCGGUUGCCAAGCACAGCCCACCAGGGUAGCCUUCCUUGUGGUGAGGGGCCAGGGUUGAGACAAGCCUCUCCUAUUUGCCAGCCCUGACCUGUCCGUGCACCAUUGUUACUCUUCGUAGCCAACUCUAGGUGGGGGUUUCCUGCUCUCCUUGCUCACCUUCCGUGCCAUCCUCACUCUUUCUGGCUUCCACGGUUUGUGUUGUCUGAGGUUUCUGGUACCUUCCCUGUGCCCGAGCCUAUGGGCGUGUGUGGCUUUCCUUGGUUUGGAGAUGUUUUCUUCCCUGGGUUUCUGUGCCGUGGUUGUCUUGGCUUCCCUCCAGCCUCUGAGGCUGAGCCUUCUGACACUUCGAUGGUCUCCCAGAUCUAGAGCUCUUUGGAAAAUCUCAGCCAUUUUUGAGGGCUCAGUGUCUACCUCAGGGUCAGCUCCCAGCACAUUGGCUGCAGCCCAGCCUCUCCCCAAGGUUAGAAACAUGGCUCCAAUUCCAAUGGAUUGGCUCCUUGGACGGUCUUGUUAUCUCCGUCAUACCAGCUUGUUCUCCUGUCCCCCUAGAUUGUAACAGCAAGCACACUGGGGUAUCCACUUGACUCUGUAGACAUACCAUAUGGGCCACCAAAACCCAGAGUCAUCAAGGGAAGGAGUUCUUGUACUCCAGCUAGGUGAGCCACAGGCGGUGAGACAGGGCUGCCUGGCCUCCUGGACUCCUUUCGACACAGGUACCUGCAUGUGUCCGUGAACGUGUGCGCGCGACAUACACACGCAUGCCAAGAGUAAAGUUGGGAGAAAGGAUUCCUUCUACCUCUGUCCCAGCUAACACUUGAAGUGCUGGGCCUGCUGUCAAUACGUAAAAGGGGCCGGAGGCCAGGGAGGGGUUCCAGGGUCCAGCCUUCCUGGGAGAAAGGUCAGAUGAGGCCCCUUGUUUGCUUUCUUGGGGAGAGUGGCAAAAGGGAUGGCAAGGAGAAGUAGAAGAGCUUUUCUUAGGAGCCUGGUGACUGACUGGAUUAAUAAACUGCACAAAUUAUAA